UAAAGUUUGGCGGUCCAGAACUAUAUAUUUCAAGAAAAUAUAUUUGAAAACUUACAAUAUAAGGAUAGCAAUGGAUGGAAUAUGUAUUGUUAAUGCAGUUUUGCUUGUGAUGGUAAUGCUUAUUGAUGCCGACAUCAGAGAGCCACGUGAUGUUACCUGUCCGACUAUGUUUGACGACUUCCCGGGCAAGGUGAAGUACAGACGGAGGGGGUCAAGGGUCGUCUUUAAAUGCCCCAAGAAAAUGCGUCUCCAUGGAAAGAAGCGUCUCGACUGCCAGCCAGAUGGGACAUGGGACAGCGAGCCACCAAUGUGCAUAACAUCCGGUUGUGUGCCAUUCGACACGUCGAGCCACGUGCACCUGCACACAAGAGACAGGUACAGUGACGGAUCGCUGAUGAUCUUCUCGUGCACCGGAAACUACCAGCUCGUGGGUACCAUGGAGGCCUUCUGUAACGGCCAUGACUGGAGUGCCACGCUCCCGCAGUGCCUCUCGCCGAAGGAGUUGGUAGAGUGCGACUUCGAGAGCGACCUGUGUGGGUGGAGCCAGGACGACGGGGAGGAGCGAGAAUGGGUACGCAUGAUGGGUCCCACCCAGACGGGCGGCACCGGGCCCACGUACGAUCACACAUACAUGGAACACAAAAGUGGCCACUACAUGUACUUUGAGGCAUCCAACCCGACAAUGGAGGGAGAUCGGGCCCGCCUCAUAUCGCCCACCUACCCACCAGCCUUCUCUGGGAAAUGUUUCGACCUCUGGUACCACAUGCAAGGACCUGACGACAUCGGACACGUGGGUUCAUUGUCCGUGUACGUGAAAGGGGUGUCCGAGGAUUUGGAUGGCCUUGACCCUGCCUUCUAUAUAGACGGCAACCAGGGAGACCGAUGGCACCGCGCAGACCUGCAGCUCGACGACAAGCAUGAAGAUUUUCAGAUCGUGAUAGAGGCGACGAAGAAGCUGAGUUAUAUCAGCGACGUUGCGUUGGACGACGUGCGUGUGUAUUCUUGUGAAACUCUCACCACCACUUCCACCACCCCAUCAACAACAUCCACACAAAGCACAGCCAGCACUGCUAGCACUAUUUCAACAUCAGCAACAACAACAACAACAACAACAGUUACAACAACAGCAGCAGCAACAACAACAACAGCAACAACAACAGCAACGGAAGCAGCAUCAGCAACUGCAGCCCCAACAGCAACACCACAAAUAAGUAAGCAUAGUGUAGCAAACACAACAAAAACAACCACAUCGACUACCAUGCCAACACAACAAGAAACAUCAUCUGCGACAGCGUCAAUUUCACAACCAACACAGACGACAAUACAACAUACUUCAACAUUACAAACACAAAGAUCUAAAAGCAAAGCCUUAACUGCAUUGCCUACAAAGAAAUCCCAAACAUCCACAGUUACUUCCAGAAAUACGGCUGAUUUCAGUUCAACAAAAACACAGACCAUCAGCACUCAAUCUUUAUCCACGAAAGCAGUCCCAACCACCUCUGUCCAAACAACUACAGUAAAAAACACGCCUAAACUGUUCACAGCUACAUCUCAAACAACACAAACAAGAACUACAGAAAAAUCAACCAUGACAGAAAGUCCUUCAAGUUCCACGACAACUAAACAGUCAAUAGCAACAAACUCAUUUAAAACAACUUCAAAGCCUACUGCGGUUACCCCAACCACACGAUUAGAAUCACGCCCUGCUUUAACUUCACUGCUUACAUUAACAACUACGACAGUGCCAAAACAAACAACAGGCGUCACAAAGGAUCGCAGUCCAAAGGCAACAAGAAUGAUGGUGAAAACGCCAACAGACACAGUGACGUCAUUAAAGCGGACGAUUGCUUUAUCGACAAAAAUACCGGGUAGGUAUAUAUUGGGAAUAUAUUAAUAAAUAAGUAUGAACCAUUUCUUUAUUUUUAAGAAGAGGUAAUAAGUCGUUAAAAAGACGGGCUAUUCGGAAUUUGAUACAGUCAUGUUUUUUUGGUGAAAACCCUCGACAUUGGUACCUAAAACAGUGUUUUCGUGAUAUAUUUUAUAUAACUUCUUGUAUGUCUAUAAUUAAUAUUAAUUGUGUUGUAUUGUAUUGUAUUGCAUACAUGUUUAUAUAUUUAGAAGAAGAUAAUGCUACUUAUACUGCAAUAUUAUGAGAUGAUAGUAAAUAUAAUGAUUAUUUUAGUAAUAUUUAUGCACAUUGAGAUUAACGAUAUUCUCUGUGAGCUAGUUAGUCUUGAAAUAUGCACACUGUUAACAUAAAUACAACUUAUUUCAAGUGUAGUUUCGGUCAAGAUAAUAUGUCAUUGGUCGUAGCGACGUUUUCAAAUGUCCAUGUUCGUGACAGUUGUUUACUUUCUGAAACUAUAUUAUUGUAACGUGCGAGGCCAACGACGCAGCAGAUCCCUUCAGAGAAAAGCAUGCUCAACCCUGAAGGGGUCGACUGGUCUUAUAUACAUAGGCCCCGAACCUCCAAGAACUGGUUAUGCCAAUUUGCAUAUUAUAAAGUACAUCAACAUACUAUAGAGACCCCAUUCCGCCUAGAGCGGAACGUCACACUAUUUUUGAGAAGAAUGCGAGUAAGUUGGAGAAAAUUGGUUAUAAAUAAUCAUUUAGAUACGAUAUCCCCAAAACGAUAUCCAUUUAUAGAACUCUUUCUACCUUUUAAAUAGUUUUAAAUAUUUGUAUUUUUGUUGAUAUUGAGAAUCUUAUGUACAUGCUCCAAAAAAAAACAUGACAGCAAAAAUAAAAUUGACUGGGGUGGGUGGUAGCAUGGUCAUAAGGGGGGUGGGGGUCAUGCCAAUCUUACCGCCGCCUAUGAAUACAGACAGACAUUAGUGUUCGUUUCAACUGAAUCACACAGUGAUCCAAAUAUCUCGCAAUUCACGGGGCUCAUUUAAUGCCUCCCCUCCCCACUAGGGACAGACUCAUGAACGCCCAGGUAAGAAGUGGUGAUCAAACGGGUCUGGUAGAGCUCAAAUCUGAGUGUUUUUUAGAACCGAGAAAUGCAUAUACAUAUAUGUGACACAGUGUAAGUGGUGUUUAUAUUGUACUUUCAUAUUCGAUUUUGUUUUAUUGCAUUAUUUGUAGGUAUUCCAUAAAUAUAUUGUUUUGCUUUUUUUUUUAUUGUACUGUAUUUUUUUCUUUGUAUUGUAUUGUAUUGAAUUGUAUUGAAUUGUAUUGUGGACCAUGAUUAGAGCGCCUCCACGUGGUAUGGUCUGGAUGCACGAACAUGGUUGUACAAACACAUGUAUGCCAAUCAAAACAUUCUUUAUGUUGAAACAAAAACCAUGUUUAUGUAACUAAAAGCUCUCUUAUUUCUUCCGUUUUGUCACGUUUACAUUGAAAAGUUUAAUACAUACAUUUCACGUAAAAAAAUCAACGUUAAAAGUACAUGCAUGAUAUUUCAUAUCCGGCUUUUUAAGAAAACACUCUCCUAUUAUUUCAUUUCGACACGUUUAAAUUGAAAAACUAGUUCAUAAUAUAUUUCUGAAUGUUCUUUUUCUCAACUUUAAAAGUAUAUGAUCGGUAUUUAACAUCUGGCUUUUCGCGAAAAACUAUUUAUAUAUUAUAAUACCUCAAUACCUGGUAUAAAUCAACUAUAAAAGUACAUGUAUGGCAUUUCAUAUAUGGUUGUUCAUGAAAAGCCCGGCUUUUUAGGGUUUUCGCGAAAAUUGAAUCAGUGUUAUAGACAUUAACUUUAUUUCAGGGUUGAAAAUGUCUUCAUGAAAUCAUUUAUUCCAACAUUCAGUUUAAUGAUCGCGUUGAUUGGCAGUGAAUGCACUUCGCAAACUAGUGUACAUAAUUUGUAUUAGUUUAGAAGUGAUUUGGUUGUUAAUUCUAAUCCAUUAGAUGCCUGUAAAUAAAGAAUGUCCUUUAAAAAUACUAUAUGACAUACUUCAACAUGAUAAGUAGUAUUGUCCAUUUUUUUUAAGCGGCGAACGGAAUAACUGCGCAAUAAUUUGUAAUCUUCUAUCAUUGACAACUGUAUGAUCUACACUUUUAAAAUUCUAGUUUCUUUGUACAUUCUUAUGCCACAUUCUUAUGCCGUGAUAUAAUUUAUAAUCAUAAUUGUAAAUAGAUUUAUCUUUUUACCUUUUAGUAUGUGCUUGUAAGUAUUAAAGUGUAACAUAUAUUAUAUUAAAUGUAUAAAAACUUUAAACUGUUUUGUUUUUCACCUUAUGUACACGUGAAUAAUCAAACAAGCCCCACCGAAUUAGCUUUCGGAGCGACGA